AUGGCUCUGAAUGUCAAGUGGCCGCCAAGGAGAAUUGCCUCGGCAAGUGUCAGGCAAAAGCUGCUUCAUCAGUGGAGAAACCACCCACUGAAAUUGGCCAUCGCCAACACCUUUUGGGAGUACACGGAGCGCACCAGGGUGAGCGGAAUGUGGCUGCUCCGACGCAAUCGGACGCACGGUCUGUCCAGAUUCAUCUGGUCUACGGUGCUGAUAGGAUUGCUGCAGUUGAGCAUUUACCUGACACUGUUGCUCUGGCUAAAGUUCUACUCCUAUCCCAUACUGAACACCAUUUCCAACGAUCUGUCAAUCACGGAUGUGGCAUUUCCCGGCGUUACCAUUUGCAGUCCCAAAGCCGUCAAUACGGAGCGCGUGGAACGUUACGUCAAAACACUGAAGAUACCGCCGGAGUACGACAUGACCGAGGUGGCCGCCGGAUUUGAGUUUCUGAAUGCUUUCACGGAUCAGUCUUUUGUGCCACCUUCACAUGACAGCUACAAGGUCACGGAUGCUGUGCUCCGUCUGAACAACGUGUCCAUUUGGGAGGCUGCCAUGGCUGUUAGUCCUGGUUGUGCGGACUUUGUCAAGCGCUGUUUUUGGGGCUACGAGGAGUUUCCGUGUAAUCAAACCCAUGAAUAUCUAUCCUUUAUACCGACAACGGCAUUCCUCGGACCCUGCUGCUCCUUCAACUACAAUCCACGCAACACCAGCUACGUGCCGUUCUCGGCCAACAUCUUUGGCAUGGAUGGUGGCCUCAUCUUCAUCGGUGCCGAGGGCUCGGAACGCAAUCUAAGUACUGGUCUCAUCGUCCUCGUUCAUCAUCCCAUGGACUAUGUUACGGAGACAGCUGCCUCUGUCACAAUCACCGCCAAAUCCGAGAGCUUUGUCGAGGUCUCUCCCACGGUGCAGUCAUCGUCAAGGGAGGUCCUGGAGCUGUCAGAGAGCAAGCGAGAUUGCCUCAUCUCCGAUGAUCUUCAGCUGCGCAAUUAUCGCCAGGCCGCCUGCAUGUUGGCCUGCCAAACGGAGGCCAUUGGCAAGAGAUGCGGCUGUCAUCCCUAUCUGCUGCCCAUUGUCAGCGAGAAGUUCAAGGAGUGCAAUCUCAACGACACCUUCUGCUUCUCGGAUAACUAUGAUAAUUUCAAGAGCGUUCGCUGUGAUCAAUGCCUGCCUAAUUGCUAUGACGUUACAUAUUCCACACUGUCCUACAAAACGGAUCUCAAUCUGCAUCAGUUUUCGUUGAGCAACUUCUACACUCCGGAACUGCUCAACAACGAUAGCUUCGUGUUGCGCGUUUAUUUGGCCAAGCAGGUGGUGCCAGUGAUUCGUAAGGUGACAGUCAUGUCCUGGAUUGGACUGCUCUCUGAUUUGGGUGGUAUUUUCAAUCUGUGUCUGGGUCUGAGCAUGAUAUCCGUUGUAGAGUUCUUCUACUAUUGCACAUUUCGCUUGUACAAGAACUAUAUUCAGCAAAGAACACUGCAGUUGAAGCAGGCAUGGAAAUAA